GAACAGUCGAUUAAUGACGCUUGCAGACGCCAUUUUCUUUGCUGUCUGCAAGGAAACAAAGGAUAUUUCUGGGCUUGUUGGUGCAUGUUUGGACGGUUCUUGGUAUAUUCCAGACGGUUUGGAAGAUUUUUCCACACGUCCAGGACACUUCAGUGCUCAGACGACAUGAGUAAAAGGAAGGGAAUAGCAGAGAAUGUUAAUUCAGACUUCUGUGACUUUCUGACUGAACUGGCCAACUAUGAGAAGAAUGUCAACCGGCAAAUGCACAAGUACAAUGCUUACAGGAAAGCUGCUAGUGUGCUGGCAAAGCAUCCCACCAGAAUAAAGAAUGGCACAGAGGCUAGAAAGCUGGAUGGCAUUGGAGAGAAGAUAGCCAAGAAAAUUGAUGAGUUUGUCCAAACAGGAACACUGCAAAAGCUAGUCAAGAUCCGAGCGAGUGAUACAAACCAGGCUAUCAACCUCCUGACAAGAGUCACUGGUAUUGGACCAGCAGCUGCCAGGAAGCUUGUUGAUGAAGGCAUAACAACAAUUGAAGAUCUGAGGAAGAACCCAGGCAAGCUAAACCACCAUCAGCAACUUGGGCUGAAGUACUUCGAAGACUUUGAGAAGAGAAUUCCAAGAGAGGAAAUGCUUGAGAUGCAGUCUCUGAUUCAAGGGGAGAUUAACCAACUGGACAGUGACUAUGUUGCUACAAUCUGUGGCAGCUUUAGAAGAGGAGCAGCAUCAAGUGGUGACAUUGAUAUCCUACUGACCCACUCCACUUACUCAAGUGAGGACAAGAAAAAGCCCGAACUCCUGAAGCAGGUUGUCCACCAUCUGGAGAAAAGCAAGUUUGUUGUGGACACCAUCUCACUUGGGGACACUAAGUUCAUGGUGUGCCAGGCGAAGCCUUACCUGUGAGCUCAGAAGAAGACGUCUUUGACAUCAUCGGCAUGAAGUACCUGAAGCCUUCACAGAGGAGUGAAGGCCAAUAAUAACUAUACUCCUAACACCAGUCAUCACCCCUGCUCUAUGGUGGUAGGAUCCAGCCUGUCACGGAAAUUGGACUUUUCUAUUGUUGAAAAGGGAGUGAUAGCUUUGAAAUCUACUGGUAUCCUGUGCGUUUGUAGUUUCUUCAAUCUUUGUGGAAGCAAUCUUCCAGAUAAACACAUGUAUUUGAAGAUGUGGUUUAACUUAUAAAUAUGGUGUGUCGUGCAGGUAUGAAUCAAUCAUCAUGGAUUACCAGAAAUUCUUACAUAAACCUCACCACUCUUUCU